UCAAAUCGAGGCAUAAACGAAAACAUAACCACGAGGACCCAGUGAAGCUUUCAGCCGAGGGAAUAUUUUGUACUACAAUCAUGACUGAAGAAGUAAAUCCUAAAGCUUACCCAUUAGCUGACCCUAACUUGACACAGAAAAUAUUAGACUUGGUUCAGAAAGCAGCCAGCUGUAAAGAAUUAAGGAAAGGAGCCAAUGAAGCUACAAAGACAUUAAACAGAGGAAUAUCAGAGUUUAUUGUGAUGGCUGCAGAUGCUGAACCUUUGGAGAUUUUGUUACAUCUUCCUUUACUGUGUGAAGACAAGAAUGUACCGUAUGUGUUCAUAAGGUCCAAACAAGCAUUGGGAAGAGCCUGUGGAGUAUCAAGACCUGUUAUCUCCUGUUCUGUCACAGUCAAUGAAGGAUCUAACUUAAGACCACAGAUCCAGACUAUCCAACUGGCCAUUGAGAAGCUUCUCAUAUAGAUAUGUUGUCUGGUGGAAAGAAGGGAAACACAUUUUCUAUAUGAUUAUGAACACUACCUAAAUAAGGAAACUUAUUUUUUAUGACCUUUAUCUUCUGGAUGUCCCAGAUAAGCAACAGAGUCAAUUUAUAUAUUCAAAUCAUGAUGUUGAUUAAAUAUAAAGUAACUGAGUUAUCUCCCAUUGUUCAUAUAAAACUACUGAGUUGUCAAACGUUUGUACUCAAACUCUUCACAAUUUAUCAAAUCUCAAAGGAAGCAGUGUUCAAUUUCAUUCAUUCUAAUCAUUUUCAUAUUUUAUCAUUUUAUAGUGUACUCUUUUACUUCAGUGUACACAAAUUUUGUUAUAGGAAACAUUGUUAAGGUUUUGUAAAAAUAAAAUGUCAUAAUCAUA